GCAGCUCCCGUGCUGCUGCUGCUGCUGCUGCUGCCGCCGCCGCUGCCGCCAACGACGUUAGCUUCCCUCGAUGGUUUUUACCGAGUAGCUGACUUUACGCGGCAUUGAUUUUAGAACUUUUUUCUGGGCCGCUUUCACAUUCACCUCGACAUUCACCCAAUGUGGCGGUUAAACAAAGUUCGCCACAAAGCUGUUCGUCAUGGCGACAGUUUGGAGGAGCUCAAAUUAAAACGGCGAGAACAUGAGAGAGCGCUGAGACAAGCCCGCAGGGACAGGCAGCUUGUGAGCAAGCGCCUCCUGCUUAACGACGAUGAGGACCAGCCGGAGGUCACCAUGGACACCAACACGGGGGAACAGGACGCGGUCGGUUUGUUCCUCAAACUCCAACACGGCGGGCUGGGGAGGGAGGCCCACCUGGAAGCUUUGAGCAAAGUUCUCCGGGACCCAUCAGCGCAGCUCGCCUUCCUCAAGCAGGAGAAUAGCAUGCAUCUGCUGGUGGGUUUCCUCACUGGCUCAGAUGCUACUUGCCGUCUGCAGGCCGUCCGGUGCCUUCAUGAGCUGUCUCACUCUCCCCACGCCAGCGUGUCGUCGGCCUGUCUGCCUGCCACCCCCUACCUGCUCACCUACCUGUCUGGCCAGAGCACCAAGUUCUCUGAGCUGUGUCUGUACACGCUUGGUAACUUAUGCCCAGACAGCGAUGCUGUAAAAGAGAAGCUCCUGGCCCAGGGAAUCAUUCCAGCUCUGGCUAGCUGUUUAGAGAACCAGAGACAUAACCUGGCGGUGGUGGAAGCCGUGGGAUUCACCCUCUCUCAGUUCCUCCAGGCUAAAAAUGCAGCAGAGAAGAUAAUUCCGGCGGUCCUCGCUUCCAGCUUACCCUCAAACUUGCUAUCAGUCCUGACUCCUGACCCCAAGUUUGGCUUGGCGCCCGCCAUUGAGUGUGCAUGGUGUUUGCACUACCUCGCGUGCAGCAUGAAGGACAACAGAGAGCUGUUGGCUCAUGGGGCUUUGUUGCAGUGCAGUUCCCUGUUAGUGUCACUAGGUGGUGCUGUGGCUGAAGGAAACAAAGAAGAAGGACUGGAACUGUUCAUCUGUCCCCUGCUGAGGUGCGUGGGAAACCUUCUGUCCUCCUGUCCAGUGAAGGAGCUGAGCACUCAAGCUGGUGACGUUCGUAUCGUGGCUGCUCUCUGCACACUAGUUCAGGCCUUCCUGCAGAGCCGGCCGGCCCUGGCGAGAGAGAGCGCCUGGGUCCUCAACAACCUCACAGCUCUCUCCAGCGCUUCCUGCUCUGCUCUGCUGACGCUCAACUUGGUGCCUGGACUGAUGAAGCUCCUCCCUUUCUCCCAGGGCAUCAAUACAAUGAUCCUGAGGAUUCUAGCAAAUAUUGCGCACAAGAAAAAGCAUUUCUGUGCUCAGCUGACCCGUUGUGGGUUGCUGUCUGCUCUCUGUGCCACACUUAAAAUGGCCGACCAAGAGAUGGUGACCUUGAGUAUGGAUGUCCUGUACAUGCUGGUAGUUGGUGGUCCACAGGUGGCAGAGGAGUUUGUGAAGCAAGGCGGGUUUCCACUGUUGGAAGCCCUUCAGUACAACGGUGAAGGAGCGAUUAGACGAAGAGCAACUCAUCUCCUGGAGCGCCACCUGCUGUCCUGCUCUUCUUACUGCUCGGAAAACGUCCCGUGUUCCUGAGACAACUGGGAGGCAUCAGAUGUCCACGUACUCAGUGCAGUGCAAUGAGGCUGCAAUGAGGAGACACUCGAGAGGCCUGGAAUAAUCAUGUACAAACAAUGUUUAAAGUCAUUUUUAAUACAAUUAAGUGGUUUCUGCUCUACUCCCAUGAAUGGUAUUUUAAUGUAUGUAAAGAUGAAAUAUUUGAUCAUUCUAUAUGACUAAACAUACUGUAUGUUGUCAAAAGGAUCGCUAAAGCACAUUUUGGGGGUUUUCGUGAUGGUAUUUUGAGCCAAUAUUGCAUUGCCAGUGAAAACUGUACUUUCAUGAAAUAAAUUACAUAUUUAAGAUUCAA